AUGUUUUUCUUAAAAGAUUUAUCUCUAGUAUUAACACUACAUCCAUCAUAUUUUGGUCCACAAAUGAACCAGUUCUUACGAACAAAGCUUUUAAAUGAAGUUGAAGGGUCAUGUACGGGUAAAUUUGGGUAUAUAAUGUGUGUGUUGGAUUGUAUGAGUAUUGAUAUUGGGAAAGGUAAAAUCAUGCCAGGUGAUGGGUCUGCAGAAUUUGAAGUGAAGUACAGAGCAGUUGUAUGGAAGCCUUUCAAAGGUGAAGUUGUGGAUGGUGUUGUCUCUUCAGUUAGUAAAUUGGGGUUCUUUGUUGAUGUGGGUCCAUUAUCAGUUUUCGUUUCAACACAUUUGAUUCCUUCUGAUAUGUCCUUUAACCCAACUGCUAAUCCCCCAGCAUACCAAUCCGAUGACCAAAUUAUAGAGAAGGGAAGUAGAGUUAGACUUAAAAUAGUGGGUACAAGAGCGGAUGUUAAUGCAAUCUAUGCCAUUGGUAGUAUAAAGGAAGAUUAUUUAGGUGCACUAUGA